AUGGUCAACAUUCCUAAGACCAGAAAUACCUAUUGUAAGGGUUCCAAGUGCAGAAAGCACACCCCUCACAAGGUCACUCAAUACAAGGCUGGUAAGGCUUCUCUUUUCGCCCAAGGUAAGAGACGUUAUGACCGUAAGCAAGCCGGUUAUGGUGGUCAAACCAAGCCCGUUUUCCACAAGAAGGCUAAGACUACCAAGAAGAUUGUCCUUCGUCUCGAAUGUACCGCCUGUAAGUACAAGAUGCAACUCGCCAUCAAGAGAUGUAAGCACUUCGAGUUGGGUGGUGAUAAGAAGACCAAGGGUGCUGCCCUUGUUUUCUAAGCUUGUCGCUUUGUCUGUCGCUUCGUCAAUGUUCCCUCUUUUUUUCAGCUUUAUAUAAUCUAUAUAAAUAAAAAUUAAAUUGAUCAUUGAACACAAA